AUGGAAGAAGAAAAUUUAUAUGAGCUUGGAAGACUAGCUGACAAAACUUUGUCAGAUGGUGAAGAGUCAAAUGAAGGUUGGUCAGAAGAUGUGUUUACACACGGGAAAAAAGCUUCAGACAUAUUUUACGGUAUGCCUCCCAUACCUGAUUGUCCUGAUCCUAUUGUCGAUCCCGGACCAUUUCACAGUUUACAUCCAAAUGAUGAAAUGUUUGUUCGUCAAAUGUAUGAUAACAAACAACAACUAAUAUUUGCUUUGAGUCUUAAAGCUACCAGAGAAAAGUUUCAGUUUAUGACCAACCAUUCUAACAAAAAUUAUUAUGAGGUACAUUGUGAAACUAAGAACUGUAGUUGGCGUUUAUAUGAAAAACGCAUUGUUCCUACUCAUCAAUUUGAAAUCAGGACUUUCAACAACGUGCACACAUGUUCGUCAUUACAGAUACACCCUAAUCAUAAGCAUGCUAAUAAAAAAGUCAUGGGUACUAUAUUGCAUGAGAUUAUGGGAAAAACUCAUUCCAAGGUUUGGAGGCCUAAUGAAAUAUCAAGGGAUUUGAAUGCUUUGAUGGAAAUCAAUGUAAAUUACAAACAAGCUUGGCAUGCAAAACAACAUGCUAUGGAAUUGUUGUUGGGAUCCUCUGAGGAAUGUUUUUCCAAACUUCCUAUUUAUUUUCACAAUUUGAAGAGGCAUAAUCUCGGUACAGUGGCCUAUAUACAAACAGAUUCUAAAGAUUGUUUCGAUCAUUGCUUUUAUGCUAUUGGGAGCACGGUAAUACAAAAACUUGUUGCUAUUUAA